CAAAUUCUCGCGCUUAUAAAGUACAGCACUGACUGCUUGUGGCAGGCAAGCGAAGAUGUCCGAGUACAAGAUGCGGUCCCAGCGACGCAGGCGGGGGAACAACGCUCCGUACCGCACCAAGAGAAAAGAGCCCCCACAGCAGAGCCAGGGGCAACAAGAAGGGAUCGUUUCACGUGUUGUUAACUGGUUCACACCGUCUUUCUGGUGGCAGACUAAGCCUCCUUCUCCCUCUCCUUCUCCUUCCCCUUCUCCCUCUCCGCCCUCUUCUCCACAUGAACCAAUACCUCCUACCACUGAUGGUGCCUCUGAGAUGAUGACAGAACUCCAAAAACCUGUUGCAUUAUCUGAAGAGAUAGUAGAAAAGGAUGACAAACAGGAAGAAGAGGAGGAGAAAGGAGGGAGGGUUGGGGUGAUGGUGAACGGACUUGAGCCAUCGGAGGAUGCCAGCUGGAUUGCCGAGGACACGACAGACCCAGUGGGUGUGGUCAGUGGGUGGAGUCAGUCGGAGCACGUCGUCAGACGAGAGGAGAACCCUGCCUUCUUCCGCCCUCCCUCCCACGCCCUUUCACCGUCGCUGUUCCAACACAGAAUGAAACCUAGCGCAGCUGCCAGCAGUGUACUGAGGUCGCGACCCCUCCUGACCUCAACUCCUCAACUGAGUCCUGUUUGUGAGGCCGACGAACGGAGUCAUCCUCACCAUGACAACCAGGCCGACGAGAGCGAUUUCAGGAGUCGUUAUGGUAACCAGGUGACUUAUAGAGUGCCGCAGCAGCCUGAGCGACUCGAGUCCAUUCCAGAGCAGUCCCCAUUCCAUUCUGCCACGUCUGUAUUUCAUGCUGCCCCCUCGGCCUCAGUUGCUCCAGACACUGUGGAUCAUCGCACCAACUACACAGACCUGAGUCUGAGUCGCAGCCCAUUCCAGUCUCCAUUCUAUUCCGGUCGGACGUCAUUCGGUGGAGCCGCUUCUGGACAGAGACUGAGGAGUGUCAAGAGAGCUCGUCGCGAGUCCAGCCCUCCUGUGCUGGCUCCAGUGCAGGUGACAGUGAGAGUAAAACCUCACCCCAUGGCCCCGCCCACCUCGUCAACGGCGGCACAGAGGAUCCUGCAAACUUUGGACUCUCUGUCGUCUCCUCUUGUGGAGGCCAGAAGACUGCCUCUUAGAACCCCCUCCGUUGCCACUCAGCCGGCCAGAAAGCGUCACAAAUCUGCCCAUGCAGCCCUCUCCCCUCCUCCAAUCUCCUCCCUCUCCACUCCCUCCCACAAUCCUUCCUUCCUCCCACUUCCUCGCUCCCCUACCCAUUCCAGACCUGUCAUCGUCCCCAAUGAGAAAUCCAUCCGGAAGACCAACGCUAACAUCACCACCGGCAACAGUCGGGAGAGUUCGUUGCUAGGGGCAACACUACGCCCAAACAACUCUGCCGUUGGUCAAAGUUUAUUGUCAGCUAAAUGGACUGGUUCGGCUGCUGCUACCUCCCCUCCAUCUCUCUCUUUCUCCUCUUCUCCCUCCCUCCUCUCAUCUGCCUCAUCAGCUGCUGGCGCCAAUCUUGCCUCUCUCAAGUUUACAGCCCCUCCCCCUCGUGCCCCGCCCACUUCUCGGUCCCCAGACCAUUCCAAACACUUUGCCACACCCCCAAACAGUGGAACGGGCUCAGGACUCAACUUUUCUCCCAAGUUUCAUGCUGAAAAUCGAUCGCCCCUGGCAACCAGUGGUGGUAAGGUGAAGUCCCAGCACGCAAGGACUCACUUUACACGUCGGCAUGAUGACCAGGACACGGGGACAGCCCCUGUUGCCAUGGUACCACCAGUGGGACUGAAGACUGACAAACAGCUCUCGUUUCCCUUCGCUCAGAAUCUGAUACUUCCUGCGACAACCACUACUGUUGUUUCCAUGACAACGACCAGCAAGUCUCUGCCUAAUUUCUCGUUCUCUACUCCCAAACCAGUGACAUCAUCUUCCACUCCAACAAACACCACUCUCCUGGCUCGCAGCAAUAUACCGAGUUUCCAGUUCAGUACUCCAACUCCAGCCAAGCCACACACCCUCACUCCACCCACUGGACAUCUGUCCCCGCCCACGGAAUUUAAGGCCACACCCACUGAGCCCCAAGUCCCGCCCCUCAAGAAUGAAAGUGUGGCGGACAUUCUGAAGAGACCUGACUACCAGGCUCUCACCAACCGCUCCACCAGUGAGGAGAGAAAUAUUGUAGCUGACGGCUCUGCUCCGACUGCACCUCCCCAACCUUGUCUCUUCCCUUCUACUGCUGUCACACUCACAACUACUCCCUCUUUUAACUCUACUAGUGGUGCUUCGGCUGCUAAGUCUCCCUCAUCUUCCCUUCCCUCAACCUCUUCUUUCUCAACAUUUACUGGUACUUCUUCAAAACAGCUUCCCUCUCUCCCUCUCCUCUCCGUGUCCACAUUGGGCUGGGAAUGCGGACACGUGCCUCGUACAGAACCCCACCUCAGCCGUCUCCUGUGUUGCCUGCGGAGCUGCCAAACCAGUUAUAAACCAGUCAGCCAAACCUGCGUCUAGACCUGUUCCAAACCUGUUGAGCCAGUUUGCGAAACCUGCUGGAUCCUGGGAGUGCCCAGACUGUAUGCUGCAGAAUAAAGGAAUCGACUCCAAAUGUGUUGCUUGUGGUGCUGUACAACCAGGGGGUGUGGCCUCUGGUAGCCAGGCAACGGGGAGUGAAACAAGCCAAGGUCAGCUUCAGUUGGGAUCAAGUGGUGGCCUCAAAUUAGGAUCUAGUGGGUCAACUAGUGGUGGGCUCCAAUUGGGUUCAAGUGGUGGGUUGAAGUUUGGAUCUAGUGGUGUGCUCCAAUUGGGAUCAUCAGGUGGUGGGCUCCAAUUAGGAUCCAGUGGCAGUCAAAGCUUGCAAGCCCCACCCAUCACAGAGCCUCUAAAACCAUUGGCUCAGUUUGCCCCAGCAGCCGAUGGUUGGUCGUGUGACACGUGCUUAGUUGACAACAAGAAGACUGAUACCUCUUGUGUUGCUUGCAGCACUCCCAGACCUGGGUUGUCAGGGCAACAGGCUCCGCCCACCAGUGCCCCAGGGCAGCUAAAAAAGCUAUCAGUACUUGGGUCUGGCUCUCUGGCUGCAGCUAGUCUUGGUAGUGGAGGGGGCUUCAAACUUGGAGGGGGGCUGAAAUUUGGACUGGAGGGGGCCUUGAAAAUUGGAGGUAGUGAAAGAGGCAUAAAGUUGGGUGAGGGGGGUCUCAAAUUUGGAGCUGGAGGGGGUCUGAAUUUUGGGGAAGGAGGUGUGAACGUCGGAGGGGAGAGUCUGCAAACUUUUCCUCCACAGACCACUGCUGGGGCAGGUUCUGGAACUGGAGUGGGGCAGAGCUCAGGUCCAGGUUUUGGAAGUGCAACAUCUUCAGUUGAAUGUCCUGCAGCAGACAACACUACGACUUUGGUUACAUUUGCUGGAACCACAGACACCACUAAACCUUUGGUCACAUUCCCUGGAACCACAGACACCACUAAACCUUUGGUCACAUUGCCUGGAACCACAGACACUGCUAUACCUUCGGUCACAUUCCCUGGAACCACAGACACCGCUAAACCCCUCACUGGGACAUCUCAAACUACUAAACUCUUUAGUGGAGAGGCUGGUGUUAAGCCAGCUGCCUUUCUCUCUCUCUGCUGGCGGGCAGUCUUCCUCCAGUAGCCAGUCUCUCUCUGGUUUAACUUUCACCGGAGCUCCUGCCUCCUCAGGCUCUGGAUUCCAGAUCAGACAGCCUCUUCCUCCUCCACCAUCCCAGUCUGGUUUAUUGCUGUUUGGAUCAAGCAACCCCUCAGCCAGUCAGACCGGACUGAGUAGUAGUAGUAAUACUGGUACACUGUCUGGAGCCUCUGGACAAACUGGUUCCAACUUCGGAGCUCCUUCCAGUGCUGCUUCGUCAUUCACGUUUGGUCAAACCAGUAAAUCUGCUUUGACUGGCUCGACUCCCUCCUUUGCCUUUGGCCAGUCUAAUACACAAACGAGUCAAUCUGGUUCUACUGCUCUCGCUUUCGGCCAAUCAACCAACCAAACCUGUCAAUCCAGUUUUACUGGCUCAACUCCUUCCUUUGUUUUUGGGAAAUCAAGUACACAAACUAGUUUGACGACUUCAACUCCCACAUUUGCUUUAGGCCAAAGCAGUCAAUCCAGUUUUACUAGUUCUACUGCUCCUUCCUUUGCUUUCGGGCAGACCAGGCAACAAACCAGUCAGUCUGGUUUGAUGGGUUCGACUCCUACCUUUGCAUUUGGUCAAUCAAAUCCCCAAACAGCCGGUCAAUCCAGUUUUACUGGAUCUACACCUUCCUUUGUGUUUGGGUCAGCUACACAAACUAGUCCGUCUGGUUUGACCAGGUUGACUCCCUCCUUUGUCUUUGGCCAGACGCGGCAGACUAGUAAUUCUGGUUCCUCUGCCCAGUUUACCUUUGGCCAAUCCAAUCAGCAAAUACCUGGUCCAACAAGUUUGAUUGGAUCUACACCCUCCUUUGUCUUUGGCCAGCAGACCAGCCAACAAACUAGUUUGGCUGGCUCCAUGGUCCAGGCUCCACCCACUAAUCAAGGUCUCUUCACAACAGGGGUUGCCUUGGAUAUGGGGAGGGGAAAAGAUGGUAGGUUAAUCAAAAAAGCUCGCCGCAGGAAGUAGCUGGACAACAGUACAUCUUUUUUCUUUUUUCCCUUUGUCAUCAUUAAACAUUUGCUGUUGAUUGUUUGAUUUUAUACUGUAUUGUUCUGCCUAUGUAGUAAUAUUGUAACUAUUACAGGUACAAACCACUUCCAUUGCUUUUGGGCGGUAUCUAACAUUCUUGGAUUUGGCCCUCUUGGUAUUUUUCGACUGACACGUUUAAAAAAUUGCAUCCCAAGCAGCAUAAUAAUAGUGUGUUCAAACAUUCCAGGGAUAAGGCUGUCAAUCAUGCAUGAACACAUUAUGUGUACAUUUCUCUUCAACAGCAAUACAACAACAGAGAAUGUCAAUGCAUGCACCAAACACCAUGGCUAUAAUAAUAUAGCUCGAAGAGUGCCACACGCACACAUAU